UGUCCCGUUAGAAAGAUUGUCACACAGUGCGUUUUUCGGUGGACGGUCUCCUCGGAAGAGCUGAGUGGCGGGCGAUGCAAUGUGAAUAAUCUAAAUUUCAUACGUUACUUUUCCAAGGACGAAAUGUGGGUUCUGCAGGGAAGUGACUCAACAUCAGGCAAGGUGCACUAUUUGGUGUGUGGGCAGACACUAGUGAUUGGACGACGAGAGGGCCACAUCCUGCUAACCAAUGACGUCUCUAUCAGUCGGAAGCAUGCUGCCCUCACACUCACAUUCCCGCCUGUUAACCUGAAAAUGAGGGAGCCAGCAAAGGUGGAGCUGAGUGAUUUACAGUCCAAGUAUGGCACCUUUGUCAAUGAGAACAUAGAGAAGGGUGAGCGGCUUCGCCCAGGCAGAACUCAGGUGCUACGCCAUGGGGACAGAAUCAGAUUUGGGAUAUUUGCCAACACAUGGAGGCUUGAACACCAGGAUUUGACAGUAGCCACAUCCACCUUGAAGAGUGAAGGUCGACAGCAGUUGAUCAAUGCUUUGGUUAUCUUAGGAGGUCACCUACAGAAUGACUGGUCCUCAAACUGCUGUUAUUUAGUCAUGCCAGCCAUCACACUCACUGUCAAGGUGGCAUGUGCCCUAGCAGCUGGUCGCAGCAUUGUCCUUCCUGAAUUCUUCACCAGGCUUGCUGAUGCAAUCCUUAAAAAAACACCCCAUCCCAAUCCUGCUGAGUUUCUCCCACCAGUGCAGGAAUUCCAGAUCAGCAGUGCAGGUGGAUCCUUUGCCCCUGACCAACGCCGCUCCACCAUCUUUACUGGCUUCACCUUCCUUUUCCCAACCCAAGCCCAGAUGACCAGGAUGUGCAGUCCUGUUCAGUUAGCAGGUGGAAAGGCAGAGUUGCUCACUGAAGAUAACCAUGAAAAAGUUGUGUCUGGUAAAUUCCUCUUGAUAAGUGUUUUUGUAGAGAGUCAACAGACCAAUACCCUCUACAGUAGAACUUGUGAUCUCCUGAAGAAACAUGGUCUUCGUACAGUACCAGAACCAGAAAUUGGGUUAGCUAUUCUCUUUGUAAGCACAGAGGGCCACUGCAACUCUUCCUUCAAGCCUGCUGAUAUUUUCAGAAGAUCCUCAAGCACCUCACAGUCCUCAGAAAAACCAAAAAUUUUUGCUACAGAAACCCAAGCUACAGAAUUUUCUGUUAGUCUGACAGGACCAAAAGUUGUACCUGAUAGUGGUGGGCGGCAACCAUCUACUUCUGCCCAGAAUGAAAUGGCGCCUCCCAAAGUGGCAUCCAAGAGACCGCUUGCAACUAGUGACAGUGGCGGAGGCAGUGCCAAGCGCAGCAACAAAGCAUCCUCUCCUGACCUCACACAACCUCUUUCUACACUGGAUUUGUGUGAUGAGAAUAGUGAAGAUAAUAUCAAAAUGGAGGUAACUGAGAAGACAUUCAAGCCAGAACACACCAGCACACAAAAAAAUGAUCCAGUUCCUUCCACAAGUAUAGACCAUUCUGCCACAGUUUCCUUUGCACCUUAUACACUUCCAAGCUUGAAAACAUUAGAAAAUGAAGAAGAGGAAGAGACUGAGCCUUUCCAAGCUGACAGACCUCAGGAAGAUCUGCUACGUGUGGAGGAAAGAGCUGCAGCAGUGAAAAAGGAGGAACCAAAAGUGAAGCCUAAUUGCAGAAACGAUUUAAAGUUUGAUGAGUGGUGGAAGGGGGAUAAAGAGGAGGAGGAUGCAGGGAGAAAGAGAACAAGGUGUGAAGAAACAUCACCUCAGGAUCAGGAGAACAAGAAAAGUAAGACUGAUGAUUCCAGUAAUAGAAACAGUCCUAGUAGUGGUUGUGUUGACAAUAAUGGGGGCAACAGCAGCAACAAGAGAAAGGCAACAGAUAAUGAUGGGGACAUCUUUGCACUACCACAGCGGGCACGACAGAGAGAGAGAACAGUGGAAAAUUUAACAACCAAAGAGACUGCUGACUCAGACCUGUUCGCUCUUCCUGCUCGAACUCAACGUGCUAGGAGACUCCCGUCCCACCAAGACGAGUCCUUGAUUCCCCCCACACUCCCCAGCCCAAUCCAGGACACUCCAGACAUCGCUCCCACUCCCGAGUCUAAGCCAAAUGGGACUGCAAUGAAGGAAGAACCCACAUCCAGCAAAUUUAUUGACAGGGAAGAAACAACUACUGUCAAGGACACAGACAACACAGGAGAGCUGACUGUGUCCCGCAUGGUGGUAUUGGUGGAGCCCAUGGUGAAGUUUCAACCAACCCCAUUACAGCCUCCAUCUGUUAAAUCAGAUAAUUCCAGCAGACUACCAAACUUCAAAAUAUUUAAGAAGGUAACAUCAACCUGCAUACUGAAGGUGAUUGGAGGGUCUGACUUUGUGGAGAGUGACCAGACAGCAGCAUCACAAGAAUUCAAAAUAGAUGUGCAAGACAGCAAGAAUAAUGAAGUCCUUAUAGAUAAAGUGCCUUCAUUUGAUGAGGACCUGUUUAAUCUGGGUGGCCUCAAGAGGAAAAGGAGAUAAAAGGUAUUAAGUCUGCACAUUGGCAGGGAUCUUGUGAUAAUCAUUUAGUAUAGAUUUCUAUUUGUUUUUUUUCUAUAAGCAUUUGAAGCAAGGAAAACAACAAGGAACAAAAACCAUAGCAGCUGCAAGUAUCAUAUGAUCUAUUUGGACUAAGAGAAAAAAAAAAUUCAUUCUCAUUAUGUUUCACAGCACAAACUAUGUCUGGCAGCUGAAUAAGUAAGUUUUAUGCACUUGAUCAUCUAGUGAAUGAGCCAAGGGAACAUGAAAUUUAUUCACUUGACAUUGUACAAGUUAAAGGAUAAUUGAUUUAUUUACACAUUAAAGUAAUUGUUAAUAUCUUCUGAACUUCAGACAAUUUUCAUAAUUUUUCAUCAUAUCAGCAUAUUAAACUGUUAAUAUCCCUCACAUCUAGACACCUUGGCAUUCCUUACACCAUUUUCAUUUUCUAGUGUAAUGCCCUUUCUGUCCUAGCAUAGAUAUUAUAUACAUAACAGUAUUACUGUCACAUAGUCUGUUGUUGUCUUGAUAUUCAAAACCUAUACAUAUUAGUUCAAUAUUUUACAAUGAAAAUAAGCAGUAUGAGAAUUAUAUUUCCUAAUUAACCUAAUUUGUUCUGGUCCUCCCCCAUAUUGAACCCUCCAUGUUACACAUCACACAAACUUUUUGUUGGCAGCUUGCUGAAGAAGGCUGGUGUUUGGUAUGUGAGGCUAAGAAAGAGUUGCUUUUUUCUCUUUUAGUUCUGCCUUUCACCAUUGCUGCAACUUCAUCACAAUUACAUCACCACCAGUCAUAAUUUUUUAUCUACAAUUCUGUCAUCUUUCCUUAUAACAAUUACUGAGGAGUGUCAUUGUUGUAAGCAAAGAUGUCUUAUCUCGUGCUCAUCUUGGUGUUACGCUUGGUGAAGAUUGUUAAGUGUUGUGUUAAAGUUCAAGUACACAAAAGCAUGCUGUGAAUUAAUAAAUUAAGAUGGUUGCAAAUGCCAUCUUUGUUACCAAUUAGCAGACAACUUUUGUGUUGAUAACUAUUACCUUAUCAUCCUUCUAGUGGCAACAGAUGCUUUCUCUUUUUACUUUAAAAAUGCUAAUUGUGCUUUUCUGAAAGUCAUCCACUGAUCCUUAUCAAAAGUAACACUAUUACAAGUAGAAGAAAAUUAUUUCUACCUAUCAGCAGUGAUGGCAAGUUACAUUAGAAAGCAUAAUUCAUAAAGAGAUUGUGGUGUAUUACAAUCAAAGAUAUGCAGCUGCAGCAUCAGAGACAGCUAGGAGGUGCCUAGAUCCCUCAACAUCUUGAAUACCAAUGCAGGUAAGUAAAAGUUACAGGCUAAUGAAGCUCAAGCAUGAAUGAAAUUGUUUAAGAUGCAUUAUACACUUGCUGAGAAUUGUUAUGCAUUGUUUAAAUUACCAUGCAACUGAUCAUGAAAAUGUUGCCUAUUGAUGUAAACUAGAUCCUUGAGAGAAAUCUUCAACCAAGAAGGUGAAGUGAAAAUAAAGUGAUGAUUAUACUGUAUGUGAAAAGAAUUUACUUGUGUAGUGUUGUGGAAAUCAGUGUUUUCUCUUAGAGUAUACACAACUGUGUACCUGUCUGUGUGCAGGUGUUUAUAAUUUGGAUUAUCAUGUAUUUGUCCUUUUUUUUAUGUUCUGUUUCAUCAAAAAAUCUUAUUUAAAUUUAAUUGAAUACUUGCAUGUUUUUUGUUGAAAAUUAUUUUAUGUAAUUUAAAGAAAAUAUAUUAAAUGUAUAAAAUUUUCAGUGCUGAUAAGUAUUAACUGUUUAGGAUUUUGGCUGUAGCAGAAUGGUAUUGUAACAGUAGCUUCAUUCAAAGAUCUUGUCCAUUCUUUUAUGGAGUAUGGCUUCCAUUUAUGAGGAUGACUCCUACUCAUGCAGGAUUCUGAAACAGAAUUAAAUAAAAAUCCAUUUGUUGCUAUUUCAGUAAAUUAAACUGACCUUGGCCAGAAAGUCCAAGUCUAAAGGAAGUGCCACCUAAUGCAGUGCUAGGAAAUAUCUAGGCGGUCUAAUAGGAAAUAGUACAAAAAGAAAAAAAUAUAUACAUUCACAAAUACAGUACAAACUCAUUUGAUCAAAAAAAUAAUAAUGGACCAAUAGAUAUUAAUAUGUUUAGAUCAGCAACAGCAAAGGUCUCUGAUUAUUUAUUACUUUAGAAAAUAAAAGUAGGAUAAUAAUUUAUGAAAAGAAAAAAAAAUAAAGUGGAUAAGAAAUAGUGAAUUAAGUUACUGAAGACAAUAAAUGGUGAAUUUUGGAGGGAAAAUUGAGUGGUACUAAAGAUGAGAACAGACUGUAUUGGAGAUACUUAGGUAAAGAAAAUAAUGGAAAAUCAAUAGAGAUGAAAAUAGAACUGUUUUCAGAGAGAAACCAUAAAAAGAUGAACUUAAUAAUUAGUCUUAAGGGCAUUCAUAUAUGUGGAAUAUCAUAAGUAAUGAUGAUGUGCACUGUUACUAGAGAGGAUAUUAAAAUCAUAUAAGUAGGGUGAUAUGAAAAGAAGGGAACUGCUAGGAACUAAAAACCUGAAGCAUCAAAUAUAAAUAUCAGAGCUGAAAUGUGGAAGGGACUAGUUGACUGGAUUCAUUUCAUAAGUAGGCUGCUUGGAGGAAUGUGGUGGUCCUGAAAAUUAGAAGGUUGUUAUAGUUCAGUUGCACAAUGGAAAAGGCAUCACAAGUGAAUGUGAGAACAAUAUAGGAAUGAGUUUAUUAAGUUUACUAGUAAUGCCAUAAAACAGAAUCAUAAAUGAAGCUGCAUAUUAAAUUAGUGAAAACCAAGAUCACUUUAGAGAUCAAUUUUUCAUUUGGGAAUUAAUCUAGUUGAAAAGAAGGAAAAAAAAAGGGAAAGGAAAGGCAGACAAAAAAGGAAGCCUUUGACAGAAUUAAUCAAGAAUUGGUGAGGAAUAUGUUUAAGGUGUAUGGAAUGGGAAGAAGUUUACUGAGUACAGCAAGAGAUACAAAGGGAUUGUAUUAAUAGGAAGUGAGUGAAAAUGUCAAAAUAUACGUAGAGGGUGUUCGAGUUAUGAGAGAGAUAUGUUCCAUAAGGUUACUUGCAAGUCGCUUUGCUUGUAACUCGUCAUCUUAAUUUUUUGGUACAAAAAAAAUUUUCAUACAUUCUGCAAUGUAAUGGUUACUUGAUACCAUGAGAGAGAGAGAGAGAGAGAGAGAGAGAGAGAGAGAGAGAGAGAGAGAGAACCUUGCCUUGUAGGUGAUAUGAUACUGCUGAGUAGUAACAGGCUUGAGGUUUCUGCCAAAUGCAAGACUCAAAUAUGUCAGGCAUACAACCCAGGUUAAAAUGAAAUCCCCUCUCUCUCUCUCUCUCUCUCUCUCUCACAUGCACAUUUUUUUCCUUUCUGCCUCUCUUCUCCUCAGGUUAUACAUGCCUUUAUUCAUAAUUUAUUAAUAUGGCUGGCUAAAAGCAUAAGAUAGGUAUGUUUACUUAUUUGUGGACUUGAUGUAAUGGUGCAGACUUUCUACACCAUGCAGCACAACCUUCCCAUCUCUAUGCCUCUUAGAGGCCAACUGGUGUAGGUCUUUAUGCCACACUGUGGUGCAGUACGAUAAGUUUUUAAAUUAAAUUUAAAUUUUAAACUAGCACCUCAAAAUAAACUGCUACAGGGCUUGUGUCCUGUGACUGUGGGUGGUCCUUCGCUAUGCUGCUGCACUGCGUGGGUAGUGGUGAAGUAGUGUACUAGGUAAAUAUGGUUAGCAAAGAGAACAAUAUCGAGAGCACAAUUUCAUUUUGCAAGUAGACUGCUCGUAUCUCUGUACAUUCAUAACUUGUUACCUUGUAAUUCAGACACCUUCUGUAUAUGAUUUAUUUUUCUGUUACAGAUGAUUUACUUGGCCUUCCUGUCUUUUUUCCUGGUUUUCUAGUUACCAUGCAUGUCAUAUCUUGAUCAAGAUGAAAAAUAGUGUAUGUGCAUUGGUUGCAAUGUAAAUAUAUUGUAAUAUUAGAGAA